AUGGCCGCUGGAACCGUACUCAGGGCCAUCGGUGACGUAUGGCUAUUUCUUUGCCUCAGGUCGUCGGCUCUCACUACUUCCAAUGCCGUCCUUCUUACUGCUCUAUUCAACGGCCUCGCGGGAGGGAGCUAUGUUGUUCUCACAGCACAAUUAGCGUUCCUCACCGAUACAUCAUCCCCUACCAGGCGAACCUUCGUACUCGGCCUCGCCCUGUCGGUGAUGCCAAUGGGAUCGAUCGCCUCGACUAUUCUUUCUGCUGCUGUGACCUCACUCGAGCUAUACGGCGCAGUCUUCAGCAUAGCAAUGGUCGUCCAUUUGAUGUACCUCGCUUAUCUCCAUUACGUCCUGCGCGAACUUCGCAAGCCAUCCCGGCUGGAAGCAAAUGCUCUGGAGGAGAAACCGCCCUCGGUAAAGGAAUGGAUACUAAGUGGAGCAUUAUUCACGCCGAUUGUCAUGAUUGUUUCCAAUCCAACACUCCGCUGGCUCUCCAUGAUGAUACCGUGUCUAGUAUUUGCAAGGAAGGUAGCUGAAUUGGAGGUUACGAACCAACUGAGUGAGAUGCCUAUAAGAAGACAGUCGACCAAUGACUCGCAAGACGGGCCGAAUCUCGGGGAUGUCGAGCUAGACAAUGUUCCUAGGGACGCAGGCCUUGACACCGCCGGGUCUGGGCAAUCCAGGUUCGACAACAAAGUAGCUGUCCGACAGGAGCUGCUACUCUGUCGAUUGUGCUUCUUCGUCCAAGCGACGUCGCUCGUUCUACUAUCGCUGAGCAGGAACAAAACCUUUUCCAGCGUGGCAUUUGCCAUUACCGCACUCGGCUCUCCCGUAGACGCGUCUCUCUUCACGCUCACCACUCUAGCAGUAGCGCCAGGCCAGAUUGGCAGCGCUAUCAUAGGUUUUCGCGUGAUAGAGAACAUGGCAGGUGCAUUGUGCGGGUCCCUCCUAUCUGCUAUCUCCAAGGUGACAUCGGAAAGGCCGUCAUUCGUAGUGUGCUGGCCCACUGCGGGCGUUUGCGUCCUAUGUGCAAUCGUCAUCGCGAGAUUACGUCCUAGGAUGCUUCGCGAGGACGAUAGGCACUGA